CGCCCACCCGGCGCGGGCGUCGGGGCAGUGGCAACAUGGCCUUCUCCCAGGUGCAGUGUCUGGACGACAGCCACGUCAACUGGCGCUCCAGUGAGUCCAAGCCCGAGUUCUUCUACAGCGAGGAGCAGCGGCUGGCCCUGGAGGCCCUGGUGGCCCGCGGCAGGGAGGCUUUCUACGAGGUGCUGAAGCGGGAGAACAUUCGGGACUUCCUGUCGGAGCUGGAGCUCAAGCGCAUCCUGGAGACCAUUGAGGUGUAUGACCCGGGCUCCGAGGACCCGAGGACUGCCAGCCGGCCCCGGGGGCCUGAGGACGAUGGUGUUGGCGACAGCGAGGAGGCCAGCAGGGCAGAUGGGGACCCCCCCGAGGCUGAGCCACUGCCCUCUCUGGAGUACUGGCCCCAGAAGUCCGACCGAUCCAUCCCCCAGCUGGACCUGGGCUGGCCCGACACCAUUGCCUAUCGUGGGGUGACCCGGGCCAGCGUCUACAUGCAGCCCCCCAUCGAUGGGCAGGCCCACAUCAAAGAGGUGGUGAGAAAGAUGAUUAGCCAGGCCCAGAAGGUGAUAGCCGUGGUCAUGGACAUGUUCACCGACGUGGACAUCUUCAAGGACCUGCUGGAUGCCGGCUUCAAGAGGAAGGUGGCCGUGUACAUCAUCGUGGACGAGAGUAACGUCAAGUACUUCCUGCACAUGUGCGAGCGCGCCCGUAUGCACCUGGGGCACCUCAAGAAUCUCAGGGUACGGAGCAGCGGGGGAACAGAGUUCUUCACGCGGUCGGCCACCAAGUUCAAGGGUGCCCUGGCCCAGAAGUUCAUGUUCGUGGAUGGAGACCGGGCCAUCUGUGGUUCCUACAGCUUCACGUGGUCGGCCGCCAGGACGGACCGGAACGUGAUCUCCGUGCUGUCGGGCCAGGUGGUGGAGAUGUUCGACCGGCAGUUCCAGGAGCUGUACCUCAUGUCCCACGGCGUCAGCCUCAAGGGCAUCCCCAUGGAGAAGGAGCCCGAGCCCGAGCCCAUCGUGCUGCCCUCCGUGGUGCCGCUGGUGCCCUCAGGCACCGUCGCCAAGAAGCUUGUCAACCCCAAGUAUGCCCUGGUCAAGGCCAAGAGUGCCGACGAAAUCGCCAAGACGUCCUCGGAGAAGCAGGAGGCGAAGAAGCCCCCCGGGCUGAGGGGCGCCACUCUGGCGGAGCGGCCCGGAGACAUCCCGGAGGCACCCCCGCCUGUCCACCCUGGGCUGCUCAACCUGGAGCGGGCCAACAUGUUCGAAUACCUGCCCACGUGGGUGGAGCCGGACCCGGAGCCCGGCAGUGACAUCCUGGGCUACAUCAAUAUCAUCGACCCCAACAUCUGGAACCCCCAGCCCAACCAGAUGAACCGGAUCAAGAUCCGAGACACCUCCCAGGCUGGCACCCAACUGUGGAAGCAAAGUCAUGACGGCGCUCCCACCCCCGGGCCCAGUGCCCCCCAGGACGGCGGCCCAACGGAGAACGGCCUUCCCCAGGGGGACCCCCGGCCACAGCCACCCGUGCCCAAGCCCCGGACAGUCCCUGUGGCAGAGCUGCUCGCCCAGGACAGCGGUGGUGUUGACUGGGCCCUGGAGACCCCGGAAGGGGAGAUGCCCCAGAAUGGGACGGACGGCCCACCUCCCAGGACACCGGGCCCAGGCCACACCCCACUCCAGCGGCAGCUGUCCGUGACCCAGAAUGACCCUGACGGCCAGGCAGCAGUGAUCCCCAAUGGGCUAGAUGGGGAGGAGGAAGAAGAUGAUGACGACUAUGUGACCCUCAGUGACCAGGACAGCCUCUCAGGCAGCUCUGGCCAUGGCCCCGGCCCCCGGCGGCCCUCGGUGGCCUCCUCUUCUGUGUCAGACGAGUAUUUUGAGGUGAGGGGGCGCGCAGCCCCUCUCCAGAGGCGCCACUCAGAGCACGUGGCCAACGGGCCAGCCCAGCCCCCCCGCCGACAGCUGAGUGCCCCCCACGUGACCCACGGGACCUUUGGUGGACCCCUGGGGGGCUCGCCGUGGGCCCCAGGUCGGGAGAGAGAAGAGGCGGGUACUCCGAGGAGGAGGCAGGCUCCGCAUUCCACGGACAAGGAGACACAGGGCCAGCCCAUCCCCCACUACAGGGUCCCAGCCUCGGGGACCAGGGAGAAGGAUGGCUUCCUGCGACCGAUGAGGACCUCAGGACCCCUACGGUACCGCCCCGCUGCUGAUAGCGCCCAGAGCUCUACCAGGAAAGGGGGCCCGGCCAUGGCAGGCCCAUACCCCUGGCAGGUCAAGGGGGGCCCCGUGCCCCGUGCCCUGGCCGAUCCCGGGACCCCAAGGCCAGCCCGAAAUGCCAGCCCCCAGGCCGAUGGCAGGGUCCCCGAGGAGCACCCAAGUCCUUUUGGCAUCCCGUACUCCAAACUGUCCCAGUCGAAGCACCUGAAGGCCAGGACGGGCGGUGGCCAGUGGGCCUCCUCUGAUUCUAAACGGAGGGCUCAGGCCCCCCGGGAUCGCAAGGACCCCUAACACCCCGUCCCUGGGCCUGGAGCCGGGCAGUCCGUGGCCUCCGCCCCAGCCCAGACUCACCAAGCAGGUGUCCGUGGGGCUGUGCCAGGGACUGGCAGGUGGGCCGCCCGGACCCUCCAGAGCUCACCCCGGAAGGCAGGAAGGUGGGGCGAUGGCGAUAUUGACACCCACCUGGUCAGUGCACCAGUACCAGGUGGCCAUGAUGGUCAGACCAAAGGUCAUCCCGGUCCACGGGAGGUCCCCUGUGUAGGGGUCUCGGAACAUGUGCAUCGCGUCUGCCCGCGGCACGUGGCAGGUCGUGUUGGCGAUGGUCCGGGAUGGGAUGGCCUGGGCAUAGGCCGCCGCCAGCUGCUCGUACCCGCCGAUCUGGUCAAAAGCUGGAGGGGUCGGGGCAGGACAGGAACGGGUUGGUGGCUGGUGGCCCUGACUCCAGGCCCCCACUUCCCAAGGCAUCAAACUUGACUUUUUCCCAUUCACCUUUCCCAGUGUCUGGAAAGGUAUGGAGGGUAGAGGGUUUAGGAAAAAAAAAAAAAAAAAAAACCCGGGGAAUUCAAAUGACUGUUUUAUUUGUAUUUAAAAUAAGACUAUUAAAUGAGCAUUUUGCACUUGGACACCACUGUGUCCUCUUGGCCCCUGGAUGCCUGUUGGCCUCGGGCGAGGGGCGUUCUCUGCCAAGCUUCAGACUGUUGACUCAAGGGAGCAAAAGUAUUUUUUCUUGGCAUUCGAGGACCUCCCCGAGGAGUCUAAAGUGUUAAAGUCCUGACCUGGGGCUUCUGAAGGAUAUGAUUUCAGCAGAGCUGAGAAUGCCCGGCAAUCAUGUAGCGCUGAGAACAGAACAAGUCCCGGAGGGGGCAGGGGAGUGACCAAGGCCACAUGGCCGGCCGGCUGGGGCUCGGGCCAGAAGUCAUUUCCCUCAACACCAGACCGCUGUCACUCCCUCACUGUUCCCGUCUACCUCAGGGUCAGGGCCCCGUGUGGCCAAGCCCCGGCCCGUCUGUGGCUUCUACUGUAUCUGCGAUCGCUCCCCUGCCUUCCAGCCCGGGCCUGGCUGCCCGGCUCCAUGUCCUGCAGUGGGUUCCAGAGACGUGGGCCCCUGGUCUGAAAGGAGGCAGGACCCAGAAGUCCUAACACAGGAAACUCUGUCCCAUCUGCCUGCUCCACACCCCUCACCCCACCCUUUCCCAAGCAGGAAGCCUGCUGCCCGGACUCUGGCCCCAGCCUCGCUGCUGCCCGGAGCCCGGGCCGGGCCAAGCACUCCGAGCCGAUGUGCAAACGCUACACCGAGGUCAGAAAUCGCCGGGCCACAGGCUCCUCCAGUCUGAGUCUGGAUGAGGCUUGAAGGGCCUCUGUCUACCCGCUGUGGGAUCCUCCCGGCUCUGAUAGCCCCUAAUGGGGCAGCCCUCCAAGCUUCGUCCGGGUUCCCAGAGCGGGAUCACCCACCUGUCUAAACCCUCUUCGCUCCUCCCCUGCCGUGGCCAGCGGGCCGUAGCCCUGCUUGGGAUUACCCAUGUGAUUGUGAACAAUUGGAACAGAGGCCCAGGUGGUUUUCAGUCCCCUGAUGGUGCGCGCCCCUGCCCUCCGCCCUCCCUCACCAUCGGCCCCGAGCCGGCCCGGGGCGGGCGACACACUCAGCUGGGCGGCAGAGAUGGGCAGGGAGUCGGCAGCCUGGCUCACCCCAGGCUUGACCUUGUGAGCCCACCCCCCCACCCAGUGCCGGCAGCUGUCCCGAGCACUCGCUGUGGUGACAGCCCCGCCCCGCCCGGCCCCCAGCCCACAGCCCCUCACCUUUGACGGUCAGGAUGACGGCCCCCACCACCAUGAUGAGCGUUUGCAGGGCGUCCGUGUAGAUCACAGCAGCCAGGCCCCCUGUGGGGAGAAACGGGGGAGCUCGAGGGAGGAGGGACGGCGGCCGCACAGUACGUGUCCCCUGCCCUCUCACGGCCCAUCACCUGGGCCAGCGGAGCCAGCUCCACAUCUCCCGUUUGUGCCCCCCCCGGCCUCCCGCAUGCGCGGGGCCCCGUGCCCGACCCCAGCCGGGGCGCCGAACCUGCGAUGGUGUACAGGGCCGUGAUGGCAAGCAUGAGGAUCGUGGAGAGGUAAAAGUUCCAGCCGAGGCAAAUGUGCACGAAGAGUGCGCCCGCGUACAGGUCGAUCUGCGGAACGGGAGAGGAC